GUCGCCGGAGAGGGAGAUCGAGGAGGCGAUGACAUGUUUUUAGAUUCAUUUUCUUUUUCCUCUCUUUCGGCUGGAAAACGAAGUUUAGCAUAUACACAAAUUUUAAUUAAAUAAUAAAAAAAUACAAAACACAAAAGUGCAGAAAACGGGACACGAUUCCGUCUGUUUGGAUACUGCGAUUUGGUCCCAAUUUUAUGGGUCAUCGAGUUUGAAGUUGGAUUUAAUCAAUCAAGAUCAUUCCACAUCAUCGUCCAUGUGGACCAAUCACAUACACUGGUACCGCACAUUUUAAUGCGGCACCAUAGCAUUCGCAAAAAAAAAGAAAACCCUUAUUGAUUAGACGGUAGGGAUGACAACAAAACCCGAACCCACGGGUACCCACCCGACCCAACUCUGUCAAUGCGGGUAAAACCCUUGUUGACGGGUUUUAGGCCGGGUUCGGGUUUAAACCCGUUCACUAUUCACCAGGUUGGGUGUGAGUUUAGGUAAACCCACCCCAUGGGUAUCCGCCCACACCCAUAUAAUUAAUUUUCUCGGUAGAUUUAAUAUUCUAAACAACUUAUCUUAUUUAUGUUUGGGGAGACAUGUCUAAUUUUUUCUUUCUAAUUGUGUAGAAUGAAGUUGAUGUUAUCGAGUGGAGAGUGAAUAAACUUAAUUGACAAGGAGGAAGAAGAUUUCAAUUAAUCAUGUUAUUUAUGGAUAAUUUGUGAUUUGUUUCCAUUUUCUUGAGUUUUAUAUAUCUGUGUUGAACCAUUUGUAUAGUUAAUUUGUAAUUUGCUUGAAUAUUUUAGAAUGAUAUUUUAUAUAUGGAUAAUUUGUAUUGAGAUAUUGAUAUUUGAUAGGAACUUGUUAUUGUAAAUUUUUUACAAAAAAAACCCGUGGAUACCCAGCGGGUUGGGUUGGGUUUGAGUUUUUCAAACCCAAUGGAGUUUACCCCGGAUUUUUUUCACUGAUAAACCCAUGAAUUUGGAUUUGGGUUUGGCAAAACCCGACCCAUUGCUAUCCCUAUUAGACGGGCUUUGAAGGUCCGCCCACUAAACCCUCAUUGAUUAGACAAAAAAGCCCGGCCGGCCCGGCCCGGCUAUCUUCGCAGAAAGGGCAAUCUCCCUCCCUCACAAGUCCGCCGCAAAAUCCUUUACCGACCAAAUGAAAACAACGCUGGCAGAAGAAGAAUACAGUCCGUCUCUCACUUAAACCUUCCUCUCGCUCAGAGCUUGAAAACCCCGGCAGCUUCGUCUCUCCCGUCAGCGGCUGAGCUUCAUCUUCUUCACCUCUUCCAACCAGUCCAGGUACGAAUCUUUACUCAAUUACUCUUCGGUUCGCCCAAAAGCAUCGUCUUUUGCCUUUUAAGCAUAGUUAGCUGAUGAGUCAAUGAGCUUUUAUUCGGCUCUCGCAUCCCUUGUUGCUGCUCCCUUUCAAUGGCGUUCGAUCUGAAUAAAAUAUAUACUUCUCUUAGCACGACUCGGAGUUCGAAUUUUUUUUGGGUAACUUGCAAAGGGUGGUGAGCUUUGCGGACUUCGUUUAACGAGAGGGGAAUUUUUCGUGGCUAGGUUUUUGCAUAAGGGAGCAAGAAGGAUGUUGGACAUUAAUCUGUUUAGGGAAGAUAAGGGGAACAACCCGGAACUCAUCAGGGAAUCACAGCGCCGCCGAUUCGCUAGUGUUGAGAUUGUUGAUGAGAUUAUUGAGCUCGACAAGAAGUGGAGACAAUGUCAAUUCCAGCUUGAUAACAUGAGGAAGGAUUUUAACAAGAUGAAUAAACAAGUUUACCAGCAUAAGAAGGACAAUCUAGAUGUAACUGAACUUAUGAAGAGCAUUGAGGAACACAAGCAACAAAUGGCAGUGAAGGAGGAUGAGGUGCAGGCCGACAAGAAGGCAUUGUAUGCAAAACUCGAAACUGUUGGGAACCUUAUCCAUGAUUCCGUACCUAUUAGCAAGGAUGAGGCAAAUAAUGCUGUCAUUAGGGUUUGGGGAGAGAAGCGCACGGAGCAGAAGUUGAAAAAUCAUGUUGACCUCGUGGAACUUCUUGGGAUUGCUGACACAAAGAAAGGAGCCAACAUAGCUGGAGGUCGAGGCUUCUAUCUCAAAGGUGAUGGUGUACGUCUAAAUCAGGCGCUGAUUAACUAUGGUUUAGAUUUCUUGGACAAGAGAGGGUACACAGCAUUGCAGACUCCAUUUUUCAUGAGAAAGGAUGUCAUGGCCAAGUGCGCUCAGUUGGCCCAGUUUGAUGAAGAACUAUAUAAGGUGACUGGAGAGGGUGAUGAUAAGUAUUUAAUUGCUACUGCUGAACAACCACUAUGUGCGUAUCACAUAGAUGAUUGGAUUCAGCCUGCUGAUCUACCAAUCAGAUAUGCUGGAUACUCAUCAUGUUUCCGGAAAGAAGCUGGCUCGCAUGGCCGAGAUACUUUAGGAAUUUUCCGAGUUCAUCAGUUUGAGAAAGUGGAGCAGUUCUGUGUUACUAGCCCCAAUGGCACUGACUCAUGGGACAUGCAUGAGGAAAUGAUCAAGAAUUCAGAAGAUUUUUACAAAUCGCUGAACUUGCCGUACCAAGUAAUUGCUAUAGUUUCUGGCGCCUUGAAUGAUGCUGCUGCAAAGAAGUAUGAUCUCGAAGCAUGGUUUCCUGCUUCAAAAACAUACAGGGAGUUGGUGUCCUGUUCGAAUUGUACUGAUUACCAAUCAAGAAGAUUGGAAAUCCGAUACGGGCAGAAAAAGGGAAACGAGGCAGCGAAGCAAUAUGCUCACCUGUUGAACUCGACCCUGACGGCUACCGAGAGGACACUAUGCUGCAUCCUUGAGAAUUACCAGAAGGAAGACGGGGUUGAGGUCCCAGAAGUUCUGAGACCCUACUUGGGUGGAAAGUCAUUCAUCCCUUUCCAGGCCAAGGGGAAGAAACCCACCAAGUAGAGCACUCUCAUUUUCACCUUUCUAAAGUGCUUGUUACGAAAACCCUCUCAUCUGUUUUGAAGUCAAAUCUUUUUGGUAUUUAUCAUCUUAAUUUGCUGCAUUUGAACAGCGAUCAUAGCUGUUGUAUUGCCCUAAUUAUUUUAAAUACAAUUGGAUUAGUGCUUGAACUAUAUGGUCUUCUUCCUGGUGGUGGAUUCUGUCUAAGGCAAGGCUAUAGAAUUCUGCCUUUUAACAUUUCGAAACUGGAAGUCGUCCAUCUUGAUUGAUACUCUCCCGUUGUGAGUUGUAAUCAGUGUAAUGUGACUGUGGAGAACCGGAGCCUAGUUCGACUAGGACGGCCGAAUAUCAGCCACAUCGCUAGUUAGGUUGGACAAUAUCCGGCAGGAAUGGUUCAAAUUAUGUGCCCUAACUCAAACAAAGGUUUUGUAUUCUUGCCAACUUGAUUAACCCUCUCAGCUAACCGUUGCAGUGCAGGUUAGGUCGUUGCAUUGCAGGUUAGGUCGGAUAAUAUUUAAUGCCGUUGCAUUGCAGGUUAGGUCGGAUAAUAUUUAAUGAGAUGGGUUCAAAUUAUGUUAUCUAAUUCAAACGAAGGUUUUGUAUUCUUGCCAACUCGAUUAACCCUUUUAUAGUUGUACUGUUUGCAUAUAGAUAUAGAUGUAAAGUUGGGGAAUACUAGUGCAACAAAAAAUAAUUAAUAAUUAAUGACAAAUGUAAAACAAAAUGAUUAACUCAAUGAUGAUGUCAUUUAACCUAUUGUUAAUAAAUUAAGGGUAAAUACAAUAUAUUAGCCACAACUAUUCUGAAGCGGGAAAUUAUAGCCACAACUAUGGAAAUUCAAAUUUUUAGGCAAAUGUUAACUCUCUGUUAACAAUUCCGUUAAUAAUGCUGACUAAACUUUAUGUUUUAAAGUUAUAAAUUAAAAGCAGUCCGACGUGGCUGCUGCUGUGAUUGAUAACGUGACCUUCUCCGUUAAAAAUUCAAUUAUAGUAACGGAUAGUUAGCCAUAUCAUGACCCGCAACAAUAAUUAUGGCUAAUAAUUUGAAUUACAUAGC